ACUUCCACUGAUCCUUAUGGAAGAUGUAAGCUAUGAAGAGUUUGAAAAAAAUUGCAAAAAGACGAAUGCAUCAAGGUUCUGGGAAUGUCAGAGUGGAACUGUAAUAAUAAUCAAGUUACCAAAACGUAAUUAUGAAGUUACUCAUGGUGAAUUUGUUAGACAAUUUUUAAAUGCUUUUUCUAAUUUACCAUAUCAAGACUGA